UUCUCCAUAGACGCGCGCAGUCACUGGUUACAGCAGCGGGAGCAAACAUGCUGUAUUUGGAAGUACACUCGCUAACAGACCUUUCACACUUUCUUUCAAUCGAACCAGAUAAACAAUUGACAUAGAACCACACUACCUCCAGGGGCGGCUUCUGGGAACCCGUGCUGUGAUAUUGGAAUUACAAAGCGCCAGUAACAGCAGUGGAGUUUGUGGGGGUGCCUGGAUAAGAAGUUUGCUGCUCUGCGAUUUUUUUGUUUUGUGUUUUUCGUUUUGUGCACUGGAAUAAGACUUGGUUGUUCUGCAACCACCCCAGGGAGGUGUUUUUUUUUUCUUCUCGAAAUGGAUUCGGGACGGUUGUUGUUAACUGUAGUUUUUGCUGUUAUCAUUGGUUUCAGUUUGGAAAGCGCGCCGAACUGUGAUGAAGUUCGAAAAGUUUUCCAGCUCUUGCAGAUAGGACCUGUAAAGUCGUUGCCAGAAAUCCCCAGAGCAGGUUCAGAUCUUCAGGUCUGCAGUUCUAAAAGCCUGACCUGCUGUACCAAGAAGAUGGAGGAGAGAUACCAAGUAGCUGCACGAAACGACAUUCAACAUUUACUCCAAACAUCAAGCUCAAGUUUAAAGUUUUUAAUUUCACGAAAUGUAGCUGCAUUUCAAGAAACAUUUGAAACACUUAUCCGGCAAGCUGAGAACUACACAAAUACGUUAUUUCACACCACUUACAGAAACAUGGCUGCAGAAGCGACUGCACCAGUGAGAGAGCUCUUCACUGACGUUGGACUUUUUGUGCUGGGCUCUGAGGUCAGCAUUGAGGAGUUUAUUAACAGGUUUUUUGACAGCCUGUUCCCUUUGGUUUACAAUCACCUCAUAAACCCUGGCUUGACAGAUAUAGCACUUGACUAUGCUGAGUGCACACGGAUGGCAAGAAGAGACCUGAACCCAUUUGGAAACAUUCCCAAAUUAGCAGUUGGACAAAUAGGAAGAUCUCUGCUGCCCAGUCGUGUUUUUUUGCAGGCUUUGAACUUGGGGAUCGAAGUCAUUAACACAACAGACCAUUUGCAGUACACAAAAGAAUGCAACAGAGCCUUACUCAAGAUGCAGUACUGUCCUCAUUGCCAAAGCCUGACUCAGAGUAAACCAUGUAUGGGGUACUGUCUCAAUGUGGUAAGAGGCUGCUUGGCCAGCAUGGCAGAAAUUGACGCUCACUGGAGGGAGUAUAUAAAGUCUUUGGAAGAGCUGUCAAAUGGGAUGCAUGGUACCCAUGACAUUGAGCAAGUGCUGCUCAACCUUCAUUCGCUUGUAAAUGAUGCAGUUAUGUAUGCUCAAAUAAAUGGACCAAAGCUUUCAGUACAGGUAAAUAAAGCAUGUGGACAUCCAAACAGAAAACCAGGAUCUUCAGGUGAUCAGCUGGAGGACAGCAAACGUUAUCUCACCCUCAAGGCACCGCAGCAAGAGAGUGAAGAGACACUAGCCAGCAGAAGAAAAGAGUUCAUCAACAGUCUGCGGCUCUACAGGACGUUUUAUGGUGGGCUGGCUGAUCAGCUGUGUGUCAGUGAAUUGGCUGCUGCUGAUGGCGUAUCGUGUUGGAAUGGAGCAGAUGUAGUUAAGAGUUAUACUCUUCGAGUGGUUGGAAAUGGAAUUAACGCUCAAUCUGGAAACCCAGAGGUAAAAGUGAAAGGAACAGACCCAGUGAUAAAUCAGAUCAUUGAUAAAUUGAAGCACGUCAAUCAGUUGUUACAGGGCAAAUCGAUUCCAAAGUAUGGCAGUUUGGACAUGAUAGAGACUGGCAGUGGGGAUCUGCUGGACCAGAUCAGUGGAGACUGCGAUGAUGAAGAUGGUUGUGCUGGAUCAGGAAGUGGAGAAGUAAAGACAGAGACCAAGAUCUCCAAAUGGAUUCCAGACAAGAUGAACAUCGAUAUAAAGCGAACUCAACAGACUGAAGAUGGGGAGACUUUGGACACAUCUGGCACUGAAAUUACAGUGAAGACUAACCUUGUGACCUUUAAUUUGAUUAAUGUGGCAACACUGCUUCUCAGUUUAUGGUCCUUGUACUGCCAUUUUCACAUCUUGGAAGCAGGGUUUCUCCUCACACUACUGGCAUCUGUCUUACUGUUCCCUCUCCCAAGACUACUGACUUCCAGUCUGAAUAUAAAAUAUACUUAUUUUUGUACUUCUUGAAAGAUCCUCAGUAUUUCUAUUAGGACUUAAAGCUUCCCAUAUAUAACAUCUGCACUUAUUUGAUGAAAGCUCUUACCACACCAUAUUUGAAAUGUCCAGCUAUUUUUCUAGUUAAAGACUCACUAAAGACAUACUGAGAUUUCUGAUUAUUUUACAGUAUAAAAGCUCAAACAGAAGUCUGUUAAAAAUGUAAAUAAAAAAGAUUGCAUUAUAUGGCCUUGACCAUGCCACUAAACAAUAAACAAUGAUUUAUACAGUAGUAUAAAACAGAAAAAGAACAAGUUAAAGUGCAUAUGUUAUAUUGAAUACAUAGAGUAACUCAGCGUUAAUAAUCAAACCAUUUUAUUCUAAAAUGAACAAGAAAUGCACUGCUCAGACUUAAGGUGAACAUUGCACUUUGUAUGUUAAUGUAACACAGUGUUAUGUGAUGUAUUUCUGUGCCCUAUGAAUUCAGCAAAGUCAGACACUUGUACGUCUAUUUAAAUUUAGCAGGGCCAUCAAGUUUAAAAUCAGAAUUUCACGGAAAGGACUUCAUAACUGAAUAGCAGACGGUACAAUGUUGCUCCUGGAGGAGUAACUGUAGUUCUGAUACUACAGACCUGAUGAAAAUAGAAUUUAUGGUAGUACAUGGUUGCUGUCAAAGCUGUAUUCUAAAUUUCAUUUCAAAUUAAAUAUGAAACGAACCGUUGUUUUUGCAAAAUGUGCGGAACAUCGAAAUUAAGAUUUGCUGAAAACACUGAAACCCUAACCCUAAAAGUAACUUAAGGACACAUACAAAUGUUGCAAUAAAGAUUGUUUUUUUUUUGUUUUGUUUUUGUUUCUAAAAUGUCUUAAGGCCGCUGUAUACAGUGAAACAUGUUUUGUUAUGUUAUACACAUCAUAACCCAUACUAUAAUAUACGUAUAAAUAACCAGUUAACAAAAGUUGCCAUGUUACAUAUGUUCUAAUAGUCAUAAUAAUUCAAUGUGUUGAUAUAGUAUGUACAGCUUUGUUAUUUCUUACUUAAUAUGUAUUAAACCAAACAGUAUAUUCAA